AUGGAAGUCUACGCAGGAGAGCUGGAGCGACUGAUUGACAAGGCGUACCCGGAACUGUCAGCCGCUAUUCGGCAACAGCAGCUAACCGACAGAUUUAUAGAAGGCAUGCCUGAAUUCGUUCGUCAUGAAUUAGAACUCCACGCAGAAACCACGCUGGAAGCCACAAUUACAAGGGCGAAAGAGUUGAUGCUGUUGCGUGAUCGGCGUAAGACAACCGGAGGAUUACAGGCGGUAGUUAAUGCCGUCGAUGAGAGAUGUCCGCCACCUCCGUGGAAGUCAACAAAAGACGAGUACAUUACGAAGCUAGAGAAGAGACUGGAACAAUUGGAGUUACAGCAACAACAACCAACGUCUCAAGGGCAACCUACUCAAUCUGCAUACCCAGUUGGACGACGUCCGGCUACCAAACCCGGAAGUGGUGAGCAAUUGUGUUACAAGUGCAAUAGGCCAGGACAUCUGCAACGCGAUUGUCCAUUGUUGAGGUUCACACAGCCACGCGGAGGAGGAUGUUUUGUCUGUGGUAGACAAGGCCACAUGGCUCGUGAUUGUGACCAGAGACGUGACCGACGUGACCAACGAUCUAUGGCAUCAUCAAGAGACAUCGAUCGCCGCGGUAACCACCUGCCCACAACAGGACAGACAUCUAACCGAAACAGUCAAGGGAGGUUUUACCAGGUGAAUGGCAUGGCUAAAUCGUUAGUGGUUUGCGGUACUGUGAAUGGAAUAGAGAGUCCGUGCCUUAUUGAUACUGGCGCGUCUGUAUCGUUGGUCCCUAUAUCAAUGGUGGUUGGAAAACUGCUACUUCCGUGUUUGGUUAAUGUAGAUUUACAGGCGGUCAACGGAACCAGGUUGCAGGUACUGGGGGAGGUCGAUUUGCUGGUCGGUUUAGACCAUUGGGUAGCUCCGCAUCGUUUUAUGGUUGUGCCCACAGAUACAGGGCCCAUAUUGGGAUCUGACUUUCUACUCCAUCAUGGAAUGAUAGUAGAUCUGAAACGAGGACGUCUGGAUUGGAUAGGAGGGUCUCUGCAACUCAAGAGAGAUGUACCAGAAGAACGGAAUGAAGAUGUACAGAAGUGUAGUUUGGUUUUGGAGACACAAGUACAGACACCAGGGAUGGAAUGUGUGGUUACCAUGACAACAAUAAUCAAUAGUGAUGGGCAGCAGUGUUCAACUACGACUACUCAAAUGCUGGAGCCAAACCAAACGCUAAUGGACAGUACAGGUGCUUUGAUUGCCAGAGUAUUGGUUCCUGAAUCAAGUACAAGAAGCCCAGUGCAGCUACUGUUUAUGCAAGGUUCAAGGUGUCUCAACAAGGGGACGGUAUUGGGCACUCUUGUACCUGUUGAUCAGUGUAUUCAGACAGAUUCUUGCUGUACUAUUAACCCGACCUCACAUGAGAAGAAGGACGACUUCGAAUUCCUCAAGCAGUUUGAUUGGUCAGCAACUCGUUUGGCCCCAGGCGAGUGA